AUGAUACGGCUUAUAGUGAGUGAACUUAGUCCGUCUCCUGUAGCUUUACCAUCAAAACUAUAUCCCAUCUCAUCUCGUUUUGACGCGCCCUCUGGUUUGUAUGCUGAGAUGAAUGCCCAUAGUUCAUUGGCUCAAGAGCCAAACCAAGAUCGGGAUCUUUUAUCUGCGUCGUUUAAUCAAGAUCAGGGCUGUUUUUCCAUCGCAUAUGAACAUGGAUUCAGAGUUUAUAACACGGAUCCAAUGGAGUUACGGGUCAAGAGAGAGUUUUCGGACGGAGGAAUUGGAAUUUCUCAAAUGUUACAUAGGACGAAUUAUUUAGCAUUGGUAGGUGGAGGUAGAAAUCCCAAGUUUCCACAGAAUAAAGUCAUUAUUUGGGAUGAUUUAAAACAUAAAAGUGCCUUGUCUUUAGAGUUUCUGUCUCCAGUACUGAAUGUGUUAAUGUCACGAACUCGGAUUAUCGCAAUUCUUAAAAAUAAGAUUCAUGUUUAUGCAUUUUCCUCACCUCCGACGAAGAUUGCCUCUUAUGAAACAAUUGAUAAUCCCCAUGGCAUUGGCUGCCUCUCAAAUAAUGUGCUAGCGUUCCCCGGUCGUGGGCAGGGUCAAGUACAAAUUGUCAAUCUCGCAACAAGCAUGGCGGCUAGUUCCUCUGGUACUGGUAACCAUGAUGACAGUCCUAGUGGAGCUGGACUAGUGUCAAUUGUACGUGCACACAGAGGAAAUAUUCGAUGUCUGUCACUCAAUCCUUCUGGCACCGUAGUCGCCACAGCGAGCGAUAUCGGAACGAUAAUAAGACUCCACUCUACUGAGAAUACUGCGCUGCUCCACGAGUUCCGUCGUGGUUUGGAUAGAGCAAUUAUAUUUUCAAUGGCAUUUUCACAAUCUUCUAACAGGCUGGCUGUAUUAUCUGAUAAGAAUACACUACAUGUCUUUGAUACGACUUUAAUAUCUACACCUAAUCCAAGUCUGUCAACAUCAGCUGCGACAAAUGGCAUGGGUGGUGGUCAAUCUUCUUCCACGCCCAUAUCAGCCCCAAAUAGACGGCAUGUUUUAGGGAAACUUCCACUUAUGCCGAGGUACUUCUCUAGCGAAUGGAGUUUUGCAUCUGCCCGUAUAGAAGGUCAGCAGCAUUCGGGUCCCGGUAUUCUAGGUUGGAGUUCGGAUGAGUCUGUUGUGGUAAUUUGGAUAAGAGAGACUAAAUGGGAGAAAUAUGUUAUUGUGGAACGAGAUUAUUCCUCUUCUGUUACAGACCGUAACUCUACCCCUGAAACUCAAUGGGAACUUGUUCGUGAAGCUUGGCGAGGGUUCGAAGGAAUCUCAUAUGAUUGA